AUGUCUGAGCAAAGAAUCCAGAAAGCUUUGACCUUUUUGAAGAACCCAAAAAUAGCUUCAAUGACCCAUGAGAAAAAAAUUGAAUUUUUGCGAACAAAACUGCCGCCUCAAGAGAUGGAAGAAGUUCUAACUCACACUCCUCCAUAAGCGGACAAAACAUUGGAAAAAUUCCUAUUUCUUGGGAAAAAGCCCACACUCCAUGAGAGAACCAAAAAUGUUGAUAUAAAAUAUAAUUAGUAUAAUGAAAUCUCUUGCUAAUUCUGCUAAAUGCUCUCAUUUAAAACAUAAUUUUUACAAAUUUGCUUUCAGGUUUUUUAAGUUUUAAAAAAAAAUUUACUAUGAAAUUUAUAUAUAAGUUUUUUUAAAAAAUAAUUAGCCUUCCUCUCCAUAAACGAAUAAAUUUAUUUUUCGCUCACGGAGUGGGGAGUAAGAAGAUACAAAGAAGGUGAUGAUUUUUCUCAAUUUUUUGACCAAAACUCACAAAAUAAUGUUCCAGCACAACAAAUCCCUGCUCAAAUCCCUCAGCAGCUUCCUCCAGCAGUAUUACAAUCUCCUUCAGUUCCAGCUGCUUCAUCUAAAUGAAGUUUUGGCUUGCUUGGAGUUGUAGCUUCAGCAAUAAUCGGAGCAAUUGGAAGUGCAAUGUUCCUCAAUGCUCAGCCAAAAGAUAAAGUCAGACGUAGAAGGAACCAGCCACGUCAUGCUGAUAGCGUCAGCAAUAGUUCUGAUUUGGAUUCACAAAGAGAGUCUGCUACUAAUGAACUGGUUUCCCAGAGAUCUCAAGGGGAAAACCAGCUUUUAGAAAGAUUAAUAACCCAGCAAGCAGAAGCUUUUGAAGGCUUAAGCAAGCAGAUUGCUUCUUUACAGUUUGCUAUUGAAACUUUAAAAAGAGAUCAAGCUCAAUUAAUGACACAACCAAAUUCUCAACCCCAAAACAGCCAGGAAAUAAGUGAGCCAGUUCCAGCGAUAAAAUUCAAGACUAAGGAAGAAAUUAAUGAAAUUUUUCAAGAGUUUUUGGGAAAUACCACGAGUGCAGACCAAAAAGCGACAGCGUUAAAAAAUAUGCGAAUGUGGUUUCAAAAUAUGGUAAAUAGCCCAAGUGACCAAAACAAAAAUAAAAUAAAUACGACAAAUAUGCAAUAUAAAAAUUCAAUAGCUGGCAAUAAAGCAGCAGCAGGUUUGCUAGAAGCUGUAGGGCUGAUUCUAAAAGGGAACAUCUGGGAGUUUAAUCCUAUUUAUGUAGAGCCACUAAGAAAUCUGCUAGAUUUAGUUUCAGAAGAAAUUUCAAAGAUGCCUCCACUGCCUCCUCCGAAAUUUAACUCGUCCCAGCCUUGGCUUCCUCAGAAGCAGGAAUCUGCAAAGUUAGAAGAAAAUAAAGCUAAAGAAGAACAAGACAAAAAAGGCUUAUCACUUCCCUCUGUGAGCGAACAAAACCAUUGGAAAAAUCUCUAUUUUUUGGGUUAAAACCCCCAACAAAAAAUUUGUUUUGAUAUAUAAAUGAUAAUUAUAUAAUUAAAUCUAUUGUUAAUUCUGCUUAAUCUUUAACGGCUUGCAUUUUUAAACAUAAAUUUAUAAAUUAAAUUAAUAUUUGCUUUCCAAUUUUUUUGGAACAAAAUUUUUUGGUUUAGGGGAGUUAGAAGAAAAAAAUGAUAAUGAGAAGAAAGAAGCUGAGAAAAUAGAAGAAAUCAAAAAAGAAGACACAAAUAUAAUUUCAGUUGAAGAAAUCAAAGAGAGUGAACAAACAGACCAAGUUGCAAUUCAAAAUGCGUAA